AUGGAAAUGCAGAAAAACUGCAGCAUUUCAUGCUUCUGGGAAACUCAGCCUUUUGGUUGUGUGAAGAUAAGUUGUACCUUUUAUCACAGCAAACCUCGAAAUAUCAAUGGAUUAUUUUUGCCAGCAAGUAGCAAUAUCACACCGCAGAAAGAAACUCAGGAAGGAAUUCCACCCCCAACCCAGAGUCAGGAACCUCUGAAACCUCGGGAGAAUAUAUCACGACCCAUUCACCAACCCUUAGUUUUAAAAACAAACUUUGAGGAAGAAGAGGAGGAAGAAGAUGAACCGAAUGAUGCUUCUAGUUUACGGACAAAGAUUCCUGAAGAAAUUGAAGAAAAAAGAGCAAUAAAGGAGAUGUGUUAUAAAUCUGGUGAAUACUACAGAUUUCAUACUCCUCCAGAUAUUUUAUCAUCUAAAAGCAUAGCCUCUACAGUGGAAAAAGAGUUAGAAAAGCCUUUGGAAAAUGGCAGUGAAUUGCAGAAAGGGGGCAGUGUGAAAGUUCCAACAAAAUUCAGGCUAUUUGAAAGGCAAGGUAAGAUAAAAGCAUCACUGGAUAGGAAACCAAGGACUGACAUUGCUGCUGUUGAAAAUGGAGGAGGUGACUGCUACAUUCCACAGAGGACCAUAUUUCUUGGAAUAGAUGAAAAUAAAGCUUUAACUGAAGAGAAAAAAAUCACGAUGUCGAAAUGUUCAAAUGCUAAAGAUAACAAGGACAGUCCUCAUCCAAAGCGUUCCCUAACUACCCAACUAGUACCUACAAUGCAUGUAUUAAAUGCUACUGAGAAUAUCAGUAUGAAGUGCAGAGAGGACCCCUCUUCAAUAAAUGAUGUCCAGCCAGUGAGGAAGCCUCAUUUUAAAGGCCUGGAAAAAAGAAAAUGGAUUUAUGAUGAACCAAAGAACUUUCCUGGCCCAGGAAUGCAGAGAGCAGUACAGGCUCCAAAUCCCAAAAGUAAAAUGAGUUACCAUCGCAAUAAUAAAAACAGAAAUUCUGAGAAGGCCUCCUAUAUCCGUGGUCAGAGAGAUGCUGUCAAAACUGUCCCAAUGAAUGCACCUCCCCGCAGCAGGCCCACAAACGGGUCCUACAAUAAAGCUGAUGUGAACAAGGAACCCAAAUUCAACCUCUGUUCAGAUAAAUAUAUGUCAACAUCAUAUAAUGGUUCAGCCUGGCAAAAAAGAAUUCCUUUUUCAAAAACAUAUUCAAAAACGGAAAAGAUAUAUUCAGAGCCAAGAAGAAAUGGGAGGAAGUAAACCUGGAGGUUGAAAAAAGAGA